GUCAUUUGAAUUUUUUACGUCAAUCGUAGAUGUUUUGAAGCUGUUUUGAAGUUUAAAAAUUGUUUUGUUAAUAUGGAAUUGGAAGAAAAAUUUGAUUAUUUUUCUGAAAUACCGCAAGAUACUUGUGCUGCUACAAAGUUUGUUGUGGGAUUACUUUUGAACAAGGUACACCCAGUUAUAAUCAGAACAAGAAAUGAAUUACGUUUACGUGAAGAAAAUGAGAGCUUGGGAAACAUUAGAGAUGUUUUUACUUUGUGCUGCAAUCAAAUAAAGAAAUGUAUUUUGAGUAUCUUAGAUGUGUUUAAAUUGGAGCAUAAUCAAAGAAUGUAUUUGCAGGAGAGUCGACAAUGCAAUAUAGAGAGACUGCAGUGGUGCCUUAAUAGACUCAUGACAAUCCAUAAUCACUUGGAAAAAGCUGAUGAUUCACUGUCAGACACUGAUGACAGUAUCAAUGUUAACAUCAUGUACUUUGUGAACUGGAUAGAUAAUACAUUUGAAAUUUUGAACAAACUGGCUAGCAUCAUUUACAAGACUGAUUAUAAAGAGAGCGACCAGCUUAAUGAUGUCUGGAAACAUGAUAUAGUUGAACAUGUUACCGAGUUGCAUUUAUCUAUUGAUGAGUUAUUGCUAUCGGCAAUGACUUUGUGCAGAUACUGCUUACAAAGUGACCAGCAUAUUGUUAAAGCUCGCUGCCAAGUGGUACUGAGAGAAACUAAAGCACUACUAAGUGAAUUGAUUGAUGGAGACUUGAGUUCCUCAGUGAAGGCUACACCAGAAACACUAAAGUUGCCGAUCAUGCCAUCAAAUGUAAAUGUCCUAAUAGAUGUAUUGAAAGAUGUGCUGUAUGUUCUAGAAACAAACACAAAUACAGCAUUACUGGCUUUAUUGAUACAUUGUUUUAGUAACAAUAAAUCACCUAUAGAUGUCUUGAAAGAACAUUUCAACAUGAGUACCAAUGGAAUGUGCGCAUGUCUUGUGAACAGUAAGAGCGAUAUAACAGAAGAUUGUUCGUUUGUCAAAGCAUUUGAUUUGUACAAUGAAAGAUUGCUGCAAAUCGGGUCAUUUGCAAUGUCUUGUUCUUCAGAUCAGAAUAGAGUUUUGCCACUUCGAAGCGGGCUGGCGAGUCUAGAAGCUUUAGACCCUCACUUGGUGCCAGCAUUAAUGAUGUCCACGGACAGCCAUCACACAACACUUUUAAUUGCAUCAUGGACACAGGAAAUACAAGAGAUUAGAAAUAAUGUAUUUUUAAUUGUUGAUCCUGCGGCAUUUGCUGAGAAGGCGAAACAGAUGAUGCAUUUGAAACUAUUAGAAGUGCUAAAAGAAAGCGAAUAUAACAAUAGUCUUGUUUGUUCGGUAAUUAACAUCGGUUCUGUUGUUUCUGAUUUCUUUGACGUUUACAAUAAAUACGAGCCAGAUGCUUUGACGCAACAUGAAACACUUUCCACAUUAUUGAGUGAUUUAAAUAAAGUACAAAAUGAGUGCAAGAUUGUUUCGAAUCUCCUGAGCUCAGACUCAGACUUUAUGUAUGAUAUCAAAAUGAUCAACAAAAAAGAUAUCUCAUUGGAGCAACUAUUAAAAAGAUUGAAAUUGUUGUACACUUUAGUGAACAGAAUAAAUAGUCUUCUCCAUCCAAAAGAGAAUGAAGAAUUUUUCGCCAGCGAAGCAUAUGAGGAAGAAUGCAAAGUCGAUAAUAGAAACGAGACACACACAGUUUACAAAAAUACAGACACAUACGAAAUUUCGGCCACGAGGCCUAAUAUAUCUAGAAGUAUAUUCGCGAGAACUUCGAACGGACGUUUUUCAACAAGAAACUUUCCCCUAUUAAAACUAACAAAACAUUUAAGAAAGAAAAGGUGUGACGAACUCAGUUUUUCAGUGCAGCUGGACCAGUUAUGCAAUGGGUCUGAAAAUGAUGGAAAUAUAAAUGAAACUAUAUUUGUGAAUAAAUAUUUGGACAAUGCCAGAGAUCCAUCUGUGUUGUAUAAUUUCUCGCCAAUCAAAAAUAGGUCGUCGCUUAGAAAAGCUAUAUUGAAUAGAAAUUGUAAGUCGCACGAGAAAAUGUUUGAAACUCGGUGUUUGGAAGGGAGUAUGGUUUCAGAAACAGGAAGCCUUAUGGAUGAAACAAUGAGUUUGCAAAUUACAGAUGUCCUGAAUCAAAUUAAUGAAAUGACGUGCACAUUAUCAGGAACAAAAUCGUCACGUUUCUUUAAACGCAGCGCGUUACCUUUAAAUAAAAUACAAGAGAAUGAAGAGAAGGAAACGAAUUCAAAAAAUGUAUUGACUCUUAAUAUAAAUCAUAAUAAUACAUUUUCAAAACAUAUUUGGAACAUUCCAGUGAAUACUACAGUUGAUGUGCCCUUAGAUGAUAGCGUGCUUACAUCUGUUUCAAAUCUGAGUCAACCGUCUAAUGUUGGGACUUUGGAAAGGAUGAACGAUUUGGAGUACGUUGAGAGUAAAUUAAACAGUUUAAAAUCGCAAUUGGAGACGAGUUUAUAGCGUUAAGUGAAAUAUUUUCAUUUGGGUAGAUGGUUGGGUAUUUUUAAGAAUAAAGCAUUAUUUAACUUAAA